GGACUAGUUGCGUUCCCAGCCGGCGGUCAGAGCCGGGAAGGCGGGCCAGGCAGGUGACCAGCACUAUAUAAGCUCCAGGAUCCUACUCCAGACCACCAGUUGUUGGCUACCAGCACCGUCAUGAAGUUCACGAUCCUUGCUGUUGUAGUGGCCGCUGCCGUCGCCGCCCCACAGGGUGGCUAUCAGCUCCAGCCUACCUAUAGCGCCCCCACUCUCAGAGCUCAGGCUCCUGCCACCUUUGAAAUAGUGCCCAUCCUGAGGGACGACCGUGUCCAGGACGAUAACGGAAAAUACAAUUUUGAAGUGGAAGCUGGCAACAGCAUCGUAUUUUCCGAGAGUGGCUCUCCCGAUGGGCCAGAGGGUGCAGUGGUUUCGUCUGGACAAUACUCUUACACUGCUCCUGACGGCACUCCCGUCCUUGUGAAGUACGUCGCCGACGAGAACGGCUUCCAGCCUGAGUCUGACCUGCUGCCAGUGGCUCCUGAGUUCCCCCACCCAAUCCCCCAGUUCGUGCUGGACCAGAUCGCCAAGGCUGCUGAGGAAGACGCUGCCGCUGCCAGAGCGCAGACCCCUGAAUUAAGGGCUGCCGCAUCCUAUCAGGCUCCUUCCCUCACCUACGGCCAGCCUCAGUAAAUGUUUCUCGUCCAAGAUGCCUCAACUAUCUAAAUCAUUGUUCAGAUUCAUGUAUUUAUUACGUCUGUACUUUAUGUUCAUGUAUUCCAUUUUUCUUCACGAAUUACAUUGAACUGGCAUUGA